UGCAUUUCGGUCCAUCGGGGGAAAAAAACAACUUCUUAUAAGAUAGUUUCUCAUAAGGUGCUACAGACAACAAUCAACAUAGUAUUGUCUAGUUCGGUACUGAUUAGUGGUAGGCCUAUUUUCUGUGGCACCUGAAAAAGGACGUCGUUGAAGGACACAGCGUGUCAAAUAUCGUAACACAAAAAAUGGCCUUGUCGAGUGCAGGCCGACACAUUUGGAAGAGCACCACUCUCACUGUGAGGAGACUCCAGUGUCGGCAAACAGCUGUGUACACCGUUGUCCAUGGAUUCAAUGAUGAGGAAAUCCGGGGAAAACUGCGGGCUUUCCAUGGUGGGUCUAUUGAUCUCAUCAAGCAGGAUUCUGGAAUCGCUGUGAUGACUGUGAACAACCCAGCUCGCAUGAAUGCUUUUUCAGGAACCAUGAUGCUUGAGCUGGAGGAAAAGGUGACGCAGCUGGAGGACUGGCCCGAGGGGAAAGGUCUCAUCGUUCAGGGGGCUGCUGGAACCUUUUGCUCUGGUUCCGACCUGAAUGCUGUCAGGGCCAUAUCAAACCCACAGGACGGCAUGAAAAUGUGCAUGUUCAUGCAGAACACAUUGACUCGACUGCUCAGGCUGCCUCUCAUCUCUGUGGCCUUGGUGGAGGGCAAAGCACUGGGAGGAGGAUCAGAGCUCACCACCUCCUGUGACUUCAGAUUGAUGGCGCCAGACAGUGUAAUCCAGUUUGUCCAUAAGCACAUGGGUCUUGUUCCUGGAUGGGGGGGAGCUGCUCGACUAGUCCGCAUCGUGGGCAGUCAGAACGCCCUGAAGCUGCUGGGUGGUGCCAAGAAAGUGGACCCAGAAUACGGCACUCAAAUCGGUCUGGCCGAUGGUGUGCUGAGCCUUGCAGAUGGCACCAGUGCUCUGGUAGAAGCCGAGCAAUGGCUAGCCCAAUACACUAAAGGCCCUGCGAUGGUGAUCAGGGCGGCGAAGCAGGUGGUGGUGUGUGGGAGAGAGCUCCCCCUAGAGGACGCUCUGAGGACUGAGAAAGACGUGUUCGGGACCGUGUGGGGUGGCCCGGCCAACCUUGCAGCUUUGGCCAGCAAGUCUAAACACAAGUGACCACAAGCAUGAGGACUUGUCAUGAACUUUAAAAAUGAAUUAAUGCUUUUGAGAUGCUCGCUCAAAUCAGUUUCUUAAUAAUAUAUGUUUGAUUAUUGCAUGUCCUUGAAUGUGAUGAACAAUAAACCACCAUGCCAAUUAUUUCAUGUUGAGGGAUGUUCAAAAAACAUUAAAGAUAUAUACAGUGA